CCUGACAUCGAAAAUUGGUUUGGCUUGUUGAUUUGAUUUUUCGAAUUCUCUCUCAGCCUGAAAAAUGUCGUCCUUGGCUCCCUGCUUUACAAUGGGUUCAAUUGUGCGUUGCAAAACUUGUUUUGGCGACAAUAUUUCGGGGGAGGUUGUGGCCUUUGAUCUGGGCGUUAAAAUGCUGAUGAUGAAGUGCCCGUCUAGCAAAGGCGGUGGAGACGAGCAGACCCUCUGUAUUGUGAAUCUCUCCAUGUGCGUGGAUAUCGAGAUAGUGAAGGAAAUGCUUCCAUUGGAAAAUGUUCAGCCCCCUGAACCAAUUGAUCUCCUGAUGCUGCAAGAGCGUUUGCGCCGGACAACUGAACAGCGUUCCUUAUUCCGCCGGAGUUAUCAUCCCAAUGCCUCGCCUUUUGGUCAAGCUCUGUAUCGAUUGAUGGCCAAGCAUUUCGGUGAUGCACAUGUCAAGUGGCAAAACCAAGGCAACAAUGCGGCCAUCAAAGUGGAUCAGUUGACCAUAGAAGCUCCCUAUGGAGUGGAGAACAUCCGAGGCGAGCGGUGUGACCCCAAAUUACUGCUCUACGUCAAACGCAUCGUCCUAUACUUCCACAACAAUACACAAUAAUGAAACGAGGAAC